GUCAACGCCCACGGCGCGGACUAUCUACAUACGUCUUCUCUAUGGCUCUACGUCCCCGCCUCCGGCCGCAGUGCAUGCCGGGCAAAAGGAAGACCUCCACAAGCGCCCCGCGUAGCGCGGCUGUGUUUGCGGCCUGUGCGAGUAGGCUCCUCGAACGGUCUCUCUGGCGGGCAGCGCAGACCCCGGACGUGGGCCUGCUCUAACCUAGACCCCAGAAGGCCGCGAAGACAGCACCGUCUUCUCAGCGGCGGACGACUGCAGUAAGAAUGUCUUUCCCCCCUCAUUUGAAUCGCCCUCCUAUGGGAAUCCCAGCACUCCCACCAGGGAUCCCACCCCCACAGUUUCCUGGCUUCCCUCCACCAGUACCUCCAGGGACCCCAAUGAUUCCUGUACCAAUGAGCAUUAUGGCGCCUGCUCCAACUGUCUUGGUCCCCACUGUGUCCAUGGUUGGAAAGCAUUUGGGAGCAAGGAAGGAUCAUCCAGGCUUAAAGGCUAAAGAAAAUGAUGAAAAUUGCGGUCCCACUACUACGGUUUUUGUUGGCAACAUUUCCGAGAAAGCCUCAGACAUGCUUAUAAGACAGCUCUUAGCUAAAUGUGGUUUGGUUUUGAGCUGGAAGAGAGUGCAAGGUGCUUCUGGAAAACUUCAAGCCUUUGGAUUCUGUGAGUAUAAGGAACCUGAAUCUACCCUCCGUGCACUCAGAUUAUUGCAUGACCUGCAGAUUGGAGAGAAAAAACUCCUUGUUAAAGUUGAUGCAAAGACAAAGGCACAGCUGGAUGAAUGGAAAGCAAAGAAGAAAGCUUCCAAUGGGAAUGCCAGACCGGAAACAGUCACUAAUGAUGAUGAGGAAGCCUUAGAUGAAGAAACAAAGAGAAGAGAUCAGAUGAUAAAAGGGGCCAUUGAAGUUUUAAUACGUGAAUACUCCAGUGAGCUAAAUGCCCCCUCUCAGGAAUCUGACUCUCACCCCAGGAAAAAGAAGAAGGAAAAGAAGGAGGACAUUUUCCGCAGAUUUCCAGUGGCCCCAUUGAUUCCUUAUCCACUCAUCACCAAGGAGGAUAUAAAUGCUAUAGAAAUGGAAGAAGAUAAAAGAGAUCUGAUAUCACGAGAGAUCAGCAAAUUCAGAGACACACACAAGAAACUGGAAGAAGAGAAAGGCAAAAAGGAAAAAGAAAGACAGGAAAUUGAGAAAGAACGGAGAGAAAGAGAGAGGGAGCGUGAAAGGGAACGAGAAAGGCGAGAACGGGAACGAGAAAGGGAAAGAGAACGUGAACGAGAAAAGGAGAAGGAACGGGAGCGGGAACGAGAACGGGAUAGGGACCGUGACCGGACGAAAGAGAGAGAUCGAGAUCGGGAUCGAGAGAGAGAUCGUGACCGGGAUCGAGAACGGAGCUCAGAUCGAAACAAGGAUCGGAGUCGAUCAAGAGAAAAGAGCAGAGAUCGUGAAAGGGAACGGGAGCGGGAAAGAGAGAGAGAACGAGAACGAGAGCGAGAAAGAGAACGGGAGCGAGAGAGAGAGCGAGAGCGGGAACGGGAGAGAGAGAGGGAAAAAGACAAGAAACGUGACCGAGAGGAAGAUGAGGAAGAUGCAUAUGAACGAAGGAAACUUGAAAGAAAACUCCGAGAGAAGGAAGCAGCUUAUCAAGAGCGUCUUAAGAAUUGGGAAAUCAGAGAACGGAAGAAAACCCGGGAAUAUGAAAAAGAAGCUGAAAGAGAAGAAGAAAGAAGAAGAGAAAUGGCCAAAGAAGCCAAGCGACUAAAAGAAUUCUUAGAAGACUAUGAUGAUGAUAGAGAUGACCCCAAGUAUUACAGGGGAAGUGCUCUUCAGAAAAGGUUACGAGACAGAGAAAAGGAGAUGGAAGCAGAUGAGCGGGAUAGAAAGAGAGAGAAGGAAGAGCUUGAGGAAAUCAGGCAGCGCCUUCUGGCUGAAGGACACCCGGAUCCGGAUGCAGAGCUCCAGAGGAUGGAACAAGAGGCUGAGCGGCGCAGACAGCCCCAGAUAAAGCAAGAGCCAGAAUCAGAAGAGGAGGAAGAAGAAAAGCAAGAAAAAGAAGAAAAGCGAGAAGAGCCCAUGGAAGAGGAAGAAGAGCCAGAGCAGAAGCCUUGUCUCAAGCCUACCAUGAGGCCCAUUAGCUCUGCCCCUUCUGUGUCCUCUGCCAGUGGCAAUGCCACCCCCAACACUCCUGGAGAGGAGUCUCCCUGCGGUAUUAUUAUUCCUCAUGAAAACUCACCUGAUCAACAGCAGCCUGAGGAGCAUAGGCCAAAAAUAGGACUGAGUCUUAAACUGGGUGCUUCCAAUAGUCCUGGUCAGCCUAAUUCUGUGAAGAGAAAGAAACUACCUGUAGAUAGUGUCUUUAACAAAUUUGAGGAUGAAGACAGUGACGAUGUACCCCGAAAAAGGAAAUUGGUUCCGUUGGAUUAUGGUGAAGAUGAUAAAAAUGCUGCCAAAGGCACUGUAAACACUGAAGAAAAGCGCAAACACAUUAAGAGUCUCAUUGAGAAGAUCCCUACAGCCAAACCCGAGCUCUUUGCAUAUCCCCUGGACUGGUCUAUUGUGGAUUCUAUACUAAUGGAACGACGAAUUAGACCAUGGAUUAAUAAGAAAAUCAUAGAAUAUAUAGGUGAAGAAGAAGCUACAUUAGUUGAUUUUGUUUGUUCUAAGGUUAUGGCUCAUAGUUCACCUCAGAGCAUUUUAGAUGAUGUUGCCAUGGUACUUGAUGAAGAAGCAGAAGUGUUUAUAGUCAAAAUGUGGAGAUUAUUGAUAUAUGAAACAGAAGCCAAGAAAAUUGGUCUUGUGAAGUAAAACUCUUUUUACAUUUGGAGUUCAUUCGGAUUUCUUCUUCUUUCCCACCCUUUAAAGGACUUUGGAUUUUUCUUUGUCUUCAAAGACAUUUGUGAGAUCUGUAAUUUUUUUAAAUGUAGAAAAUGUGAAUUUUUUUUGUCCUUUAAUUUGCUGAUGCCCUGUGUACUCCCCUGGUUGUAAAGUCAUCUGAGUCCUCUAUCCUCUUUAUACUCACCAGGUACAAAUUACUGGUAUGUUUUAUAAGCCGCAGCUACUGUACACAGCCUAUCUGAUAUAAUCUUGUUCUGCUGAUUUGUUCUUUGUAAAUAUUAAAAUGACUCCCCAAUUCUUUUGCAGAA